AUGGAAGGACCUUGUGAAGAAAAUCUUAUUAUGGAAGUGAGGGAAGAGGAGAUAAUUUCAACAACGAGUGGAGUUUCAUCUAUCAGAGUCGCUUAUUUUCUAAGGCCCUCUGUCACCUCCAUUCAUGGUCCAGUUUUUGAUCCUCCAGUGGAUUCUGUAAAUCCCACCAUGGUUGACAACUCUGUGCCUUUGAAGGCGAACUUUGUUGGGUGGAGAUACCCAAAGAAAGACUGGAUAAGAUGGGUAUGUCGUAUGCAAUCUUUGCACCAUUCUACCUGGAAACAAGUUGGGAUUCAUGAUGCUAUAGUGAACUCAACCUUCAAGAUUCACCGAACUGGUGAUCUGAUUUUAGGGGUUGCGGAGAAGUGGUGUUCCAAGACCAAUACGUUUGUGUUUCCAUGGGGAGAAGCUACAAUAACGUUGGAAGACAUGAUGUUUCUUGGGGGUUUCUCUGUUUUGGGAGAUUCAGUUUUAGUCCCCCCUGGAGAUGGGGAAGAAAUUAUACGGAAACUGCAUGAGGCUCGAUCACAUAUUAUCGUCGGUAAAGUGCAGAGAGCCAGCCAGUGUGCCUGGAUGAGGAAAUUCAUGGACAGUGGAAGUGAAAUCGAGCAUGAGGCAUUUCUUGCUUACUGGCUGUCAAGGUUUGUUUUCCCUUGUGGACACGACCUUGUACUCGGAACUGUUUUUCCCAUCAGCGUCCAUUUAGUUAGAGGAACUAAAAUUGCACUUGCACCUGCAGUUCUUGCUAGUAUUUACAAAAAUUUGAGUUUGCUUCAAGAGGCUAUAGUUGCUUCCAGAAAAUCAGGGAUUGGAGAAGGACAAAAGAAAGUUCUUAAGGUUCAGGUUGCAGCCCCACUCCAAUUGGUUCAAGUUUGGAUUUGGGAGAGAUUCCCAACAUUAAGUCCCAAGCCUAAUUCAGUGAGAUGUGGUGAGCCAAGAUUGGCUCUCUGGCAUGGCUUAAAGAAAAUGGAAAUGGAGAAUGUUUUAGAUGCACUAGAUCAUGCUGAAGAAAGUUUUAUUUGGCGCCCUUAUAUGAGGGCUUUAAACAACUCCUUGCCUGACAUGGUUUACAAGGAGAAAGAUCAUUGGGUAUUGGUUGAAUCCGGUUUGAAUGAUAAAGUUCAGGGGCUUGUGCGAUGCUUGAGAACAAGCGAGCUCGUUAGCCUAGAAGCAGAUUGCAUAGAGAAGUAUCUCCCACAUCGUGUGGCCAUGCAGUUUGGCAUGGAUCAAGAUCUUCCAGGUCGUGUAGCUCGAGUUAACGGGAGUUCGGAUGUUGCUUGGAGUAAUUAUUCUAGGACAGUUGUUGAUUCCAUAUUGUAUAUACCAGCAAGACUUUUUGAGUCAGAUGUCACAACUCGAUACCUGAAAUGGUGGGAGAAAUUGAAGUUUGCUAGAAGUGGUACAACUAAGGCUGGUAAAGAUGGCAAGAGUACAUCCAGGGGUUCUAAACGAGAAGAAUUGGAAGGCUUGUUGAAAAUUAAUUUAGAGGAUGAUAACCUUGCUCCUCCCGGUUUUCCUCCCAAGUCCAAUACUGUGAAAGCUGGAGUUUCAGGCAUUAAGGAUAAAGAUACGGUAGGUAAAAAUUUUCAGGUUGAAAGCAUUCAAAAUAUUUUUCCUCAAAAGGAUCCUCAAAGGAAGAUUACUUUAUCUUCAUCUGAUUUUCAAGGACACGGUAUUUCUGAGAGGUCAAAAAAGAAACUAAUGGAAAGUUCAUCAGGUACUAAAUCAGAUACGGAUGCCCUUUUUCCUCCUCCAUUGGGUUUUAGUCCCAAGCGUGCUAGGGUGGAAGCAGAAAAUCUUGGUGUUGACGAUAAAGAAACAGGAGUUGAAGUGCUUGAAGGUGAAAGCAGUGAAAAUAGAAGUGAAGGACAUGCCAAAAGUUGCAGUCUGACAAUCCCUGAGCCAGCUGGAAUGAGACUUGAGGAGAGGAUCUGCACUAUUGAGAAAUUAUGCGCUUGGUUAAAAGAGUCCCUGUCUUGA